UCAUAUUCCCACCUACAGUCACAACUAAAUUUUUUUUAAGACGGAAAUAGACGCUCGCCGGCAGCCGUGUCAUUAUGUGAGAAAAUUAACAUUAAACAUUAAUUAAUUAACAAAGAAUCAAAGAGUAAGAACAAAGAGGAGACCUUGCCUUUUUUUUUUCUGAUUCAACAAAAUUCAUAUAAUCAGAAUCCUCUUAUUAGUCUCAAUGGCUUCUCUGAUGAAACCCAUUUAUAAUUCACAACUGAAAACAAACAAUCCUUUGAGAUAUUCAUAUUCAAGAAGAGGAAGAAGUCCCCAAUUUCACUCUCCAAGAUCAUCCCAUAAUCAUCAUUUUGUGCUCAAAUGCUCAUUGAAUACUGAACAUACUGUUGUACACAAUGUUCCACUUCUUUCUGCUGCAGAGGCAAUAGAAAGAUUGAGGAAAAAUCGAGAAAGUUAUCAGAGCACACAACGAUAUAUGGCUAUGUACUCGAGUGUUUUUGGUGGGAUUAUAACUGAUCAAGGUGCCAUGGUGAUUCCCAUGGAUGAUCAUAUGGUUCAUAGAGGACAUGGUGUUUUUGAUACAGCCGCCAUAGUGGACGGAUGCCUGUAUGAGUUGGAGCAACACCUUGAUCGUUUCUUGGGUUCAGCAAUGAAGGCAAAAAUAGACCCUCCUUUUGAUAAAGAGACCACAAAAAGAAUACUUGUACAAACCGUGAGUGCUUCGUCUUGCAAAAACGGAUCAUUAAGAUACUGGCUUUCUUCAGGUCCUGGUGAUUUCCAACUCUCUCCUUCGGGCUGCCAUCAAUCAGCUCUUUAUGCAAUUGUUAUUCAAGAUCAGACACCUGCUAGUUACAAGGGCAUCAAAGUAAUUACAUCAUCUAUUCCAAUAAAGCCACCACAGUUUGCUACCAUGAAGAGUGUAAACUAUCUUCCAAAUGUUCUUUCAAAACUGGAAGCAGAAGAAAAUGGUGCAUAUGCUGCCAUUUGGCUGGAUGAACAAGGGUUUAUUGCAGAAGGGCCUAACAUGAAUGUGGCUUUUGUUACCCAAGAUAGUGAGCUUUUGAUGCCACGUUUUGAUAAAAUACUGAGUGGGUGUACAGCAAAGAGGGUUUUGGAACUUGUGGGUGAUUUGGUAAAAAAAGGAAAAGUUAGAGGGGUGAAAGUUAGAGAUGUGACUGUGGAGGAAGGAAAACGAGCAGAAGAAAUGAUGCUGAUUGGUAGUGGAGUUCUUGUUCGACCAGUUUUGCAAUGGGAUGAUCAGGUCAUAGGAAAUGGCAAAGCAGGUGUGGUGACAGAGUCUCUUAGAAAGCUAAUUUUGGAGGAUAUGAAAAGUGGCCCAUCAACAGUACGCACUGUUGUUCCUUAAGUUUAGUCAUCCUAUGGUUCAAAAAAAUCUAUGGUCGAUUGGUCGUAAAUUAAUUUGUAGAAAAGUUUAAGAUGUGUGCAGAAAGUGCUUCUAGUUGCAGAAAUGUAAAACUAUACACCAGUUUCUUUUAAUUGGUAAUGGGAGUCACAACGGCUAGUUUGUUUA